CAAACUUUACUGCUUCAUCAAUCGCCUCAGCCCAAAAUCACUGGACUGGUUUUCCCGUUGAACUAUCCCGAUCUGCAAACACAAAAUCCUCCACCAUCAGCAGACAACCACCAAAGAGAUGGCGUUCUGGGGCCACAUCGCCGAAUGGGGUGCAAACACCGUUGCCCCCGCCGUGGUUGGUCUAGCGAUGAACGCCAAAGAACACGCUGAGCAGGUCGGAGGCCAGGCUGCUGAAUGGGCAGCUAAGGAAGUUGCUCCUCGUGCUGUCGGUCUUGCGAUGGAGGCGCAGAAGCAUGCUGAGCAGGUGGCGGAAUGGGGCUCCAAGGAAGUUGCUCCUCGUGCUGUCGGUCUUGCAAUGGAGGCACAAAAGCAUGCUGAGCAGGUGGCUCCCGCUGUUGUUGGCCUCGCUAUGAACGCUAAACAGCAUGCUGAAGAGAUAUCGGGGCAUGUCGCUGAAUGGGGCGUUAAUGAGGUUGCUCCUCGUGCUGUCGGUCUUGCAAUGGAGGCACAGAAGCAUGCUGAGCAGGUGGCUCCUGCUGUUGUUGGCCUUGCCAUGAACACCAAGGAGCAUGCCGAGCAGAUCUCCGGACACGUCGCCCACUGGGGUACCCACCAUUUCGUUCCUGCUGCUGCUGGGUUAGCUCACAACGCUGCGGAAGUCGCAAAGAACGCGGAACGGCACUAUGAACAGGCAUCCCCAGCCGAACGAAAGGUGAUACGAGGGCUAGUCUCCGUCGGCUUGACUUUGGUCGCUGAAGGCUUUGGCAUAUCACUUCCCAAGUUACUCAUCGGUCCCAUUCUCGGUGCUACUGGUUUCGGCACCGGUAAAUCUGUGGAUGGUCGGGGGAUUGAGCUGGGCGCCGGCCAGGCACCCCGGCUCUCGCGGAGUUCGAGAUCAGGACGUCCAAUCGUGAAAUCUUUGGGGCCUGACACUAUGGCAACCAAGAAAGAAACGGAAAACGGUGCGUUAGGUGUCUUGGUUACAAUUGCACAGAGCGCAAUUGUUAUUGAAAGCAUUGUCGGGUUAAUGGCGUGGCUGUUGUGAGUGUACUAGAAGAGGAGUGGUGUGAAGGUUGACAGGUACGAUUGCCGUCUUGGCCCUGCCUAUCUUCAUCACUUCAAGAGGCAGUCGUUAGUUCCUUCCAUGGUGAUUUCCUGUUCUAUCUUCC